AAAUGGAGCAAGACAUCAUUGGGUUCAAUACUAGCGACACAGCAACACCUUCAGUUAGUUCGAAUAGUUCGUUAAUCAGCUGCAGAACAGAACUAUAGCUUCAGAAUGAAACUCUUCACCGCCGUCCUUGCCAUCUGCCUAGUGGCCUUUGCGGCAGCCCAGUCCGCAGAUCCCGCUGCCGCACUGGAGCCUUCCGCCGAGUACCUGCCCCCCGUCGGCGAGGCGGAGGUCGCCCAGCUCUCGGAGAACGGAUAUAAGUACAGGACCGUGCGCCGGCUGAAGCUGCGCCACCGCCGCGAGGUGCCAAACCAGGAAUACCUUCCUCCUGUGGAAAACGCACCUAGCCAGGAAUAUCUGCCGCCAGUAGAUGCCGCCGCCAUUGGGGACACCAAGGUUGCCGACGACGGCUACCGGUACAAGACGGUGCGCAAGCUUAAGUACCGUGCUCGCCACCGCCGCGAUGUCUCCGAAAUCGCUGAGCCCAGCGGCGAGUACCUCCCACCCGUGCAGGUUGAGCUCGCUCCCGAGCUGAAAACCGUUCUGGGUGAUGAUGGCUACAAGUACAAGACAGUGCGCCGUCUCAAGUUCCGCCGCCACCGCCGCGAGGCUGUCGCCGAAGAGGCUGCUGCCGAGUCCGCACCCAACGGAGAGUACCUGCCCCCCGCCGAGGCAGCCGCUGCCGCCCCCGCUGCCGUCGAGGCCGAGCCAAAGUCCGCUGAGGAGGGCACUGAGCUGGCCAAGGACGGCUACCGCUACAAGACUGUGCGCCGUCUGCGUUACCGCUACCGCCACUAGGCCUCCGAUCCGAACCUGGGCACAUUGAACCAAAUUGAUCCUGAAAGUACACUCACGAAGUAAAGUCGAACGGGCCUCGUCCAGUCGACUGACUUCUUCUUUUGGCCCUUCCCAAUACUUAUUCACUCAGUUGUCACAGCAUAUGGAAUAAUAAAAUUUAUUCACAAAAAAUCA